AUGGUGGAGGAAGGCCAUGGGACAAGCCUGUCCCGCCCCUCCAGAACCAGCAUAAAAGCCAGCCCAGAGCCUCUCUCCCUCACACAAUUCUCCUCACACCUUCUCCUCCUGCUCCUCUCUCUUCCAGGCACCCUCCACACCACACCCAUGGCCUGCAACAGCCUCUGCCGUCCCUGCGGACCCACCCCGCUGGCCAACAGCUGCAACGAGCCCUGUGCCCUGCAAUGCCAGGAUUCCCGCGUCAUCAUCAACCCUUCCCCUGUGCUGGUCACCCUGCCAGGACCCAUCAUGACCUCCUUCCCCCAGAGCACCGCCGUCGGAUCCACCUCCUCGGCUGCUCUGGGCACUGAGCUCAGUGUGCAGGGACAGCCCAUCUCUGGCGGAUUUGGUGGCUUUGGUGGCUUUGGUGGAUUUGGCUAUGGCUGUGGAUUUGGCUAUGGGCUGGGCGGCCUGGGCUGCUAUGGCAGAAGGGGCUAUGGCAACAUCUGCUAA